CUCGCUGUUUGGAAGAAAGAAGGCGUCCGUCGGUUUCAUGUCGUGUCCCGCCGGAGACUGAACCGUGCCCGCGGGGAGACACUGCUGAGAACCGGGGCGGACAUGGCCGCCACACCCGCUCGGAACCACAGAGCUGCCGCUGCUGCUGCCUCCGUGUCGCGGGUCUGGGGUCAGUGUGUACCGGAGCUGCUGAAUGGAGUCCGAGCUGUUGGACAUCGCGUACUGGCCUAGCUAACCACCAGCACCACCCCCAGCAGCACCAGCAGGACCACCAGCACCACCGGAGCCGGGGACAUCAUGCUCCCGAUUUGAAUCCUCAUUUCUAAUUCGGCUUCCAUCGGUCACCGCCACCAUGUCUGACCAAAACUACUACUGGACCGUGCUGCCGAGCUACAAAACUAGUUUUGUGACUGGGGCCAUGAUGAAAAGAUCGAAAAGUUCCCGCAACAACAAGAGAAGGACUCUGGCGGUCGGGACCCCGUCGCCCACGCUCUCACGACCUCUCUCACCUCUCCCACUCGCCACAGCUGGCAGCAGCCCUUCAGAAAGCCCCAGAAAUGUCUCUGCCAGCACUUCUGCCAACUUCCAGUUUGCCCGCAGCCAACUGGCCCGAACUGAACGACCAGAUGGGCGGAGGUGGUCUGUGGCGUCAGUUCCCUCGUCUGGAUACUGCACCAACGCACCCAGCUCAUCAGUAUCUUCCUCUUCAUCCCAGGAGUUAUUGCACCAGUUGCCCUUCCAGCCCACACAAGAUGAUCUCCACUUCCUGUUCAAACAUUUCCGGAGUACGGAGAGUGUGGCGGACGAAGAAGGAGCACACCCCCCGCCCGCUGUCAGACUCCGCUCACGCAGUCUCAGCCCUGGACGGACCUGUGGAACAUUUGACAAUGAGAUUGUCAUGAUGAAUCAUGUUUACAAAGAACGCUUUCCGAAGGCGACAGCACAGAUGGAGGAUCGUCUGCUCGACAUCAUCGCAGAGUGUUCCCCGGGCAGCGCUCUGCCCCUGGCCGACGGCGUGCUGGGAUUCAUUCAGCACCAGCUGCUGGAGCUUGCCAGAGACUGUCUGGACAAGUCCCAGAAAGGCCUGGUCACCUCCAGGUACUUUGUGGAGCUCCAGGAGAAGCUGGAGAAGCUGCUGCACGAGGCGUAUGAGCGUUCAGAGAGUGAGGAGGUGCCCGUCAUCACCAAACUGGUCAAGAAGAUUCUCAUCAUCAUCUCCAGGCCUGCCAGGCUCCUGGAGUGUCUGGAGUUUGAUCCAGAGGAGUUCUACCAACGUUUGGAAGUUGCGGAGGAUCACGCAAAGGUCGGCCAGGGCAUCAAGACUGAUAUUCCCAAAUACAUAAUCAGCCAGCUCGGCCUCCACAGAGAUCCUCUGGAAGAGAUGGUCCAUCUGGAGCAGACGAGCCCGAGUCACCGGUCGACCAGCAAAGACUCUGACGACACUGGAGAGACGACACUCACGCAGAGCCGAGCAGCAUGCACCCCUCCCCGUAGGAAACCACUGGAGAGUGACUUUGAGACCAUCAAACUCAUUAGCAACGGUGCCUAUGGGGCUGUGUUUCUGGUGCGCCACAAGGAAACCCGUCAACGUUUUGCCAUGAAGAAGAUAAACCGGCAGAACCUGAUCCUGAGGAACCAGAUCCAGCAGGUGUUUGUGGAGCGGGACAUCCUAACAUUUGCAGAAAACCCAUUUGUGGUUUCUAUGUUCUGCUCUUUUGAGACACGCAGGCACCUCUGCAUGGUCAUGGAGUAUGUGGAAGGUGGGGACUGUGCAAACCUAUUGAAGAACAUUGGGCCUCUGCCUGUGGACAUGGCGCGGAUGUAUUUUGCAGAGACCGUCCUGGCGCUGGAGUACCUUCACAACUACGGCAUCGUACACAGGGACCUCAAACCUGACAAUUUGUUAAUCACCUCCAUGGGCCACAUUAAGCUGACAGACUUUGGACUGUCUAAGAUUGGUCUAAUGAACAUGACGACCAACUUGUAUGAGGGACACAUAGAGAAAGACACCAGAGAGUUCAUUGACAAACAGGUCUGUGGGACUCCAGAGUACAUUGCUCCUGAGGUGAUCCUGAGGCAGGGCUAUGGAAAGCCUGUGGACUGGUGGGCCAUGGGCAUCAUCCUCUAUGAGUUCCUGGUGGGCUGUGUGCCUUUCUUUGGAGACACACCUGAGCAGCUUUUUGGUCAGGUGGUAAAUGAUGACAUAAUCUGGCCCGAAGGUGAGGACGCUCUGCCUGCUGAGUCCCAGGACUUCAUCACUAGACUACUGAGACAGAGUCCUCUGGAGCGUCUAGGAACAGGUGGAACCACUGAGGUGAAGAUGCACAUGUUCUUCUCGGGUCUGGACUGGAACGGGCUCCUGAGGCAGAAAGCUGAAUUUAUACCUCAACUAGAGACUGACGAGGACACCAGCUACUUUGACACUCGAUCGGAGCGCUACUGUCACACAGGCUCAGAUGAAGAUGAUGAUGAAACAAAUGAUGAUGAAUCGUCCCUGGAGCUCCGUCAGUUCUCCUCUGUGGCCCAUCGCUUCAGCAAGGUGUACAGCAGCACGGAGCACCUGUCCACCUCCACGCCGUCCAACCAGAGCCUGUCGUCAUCGGAGCGAAGCCACAGCGAGGAGAAGGAGGAGCGGUGGGAGGGCAGGGGAGUCCUCUCUCCUGGGGACGGGUACAAACAGUCGGCUUGUGGAGACAGGAGGACAGAUGGACACAGGGGGAGUCUUCGUCCCCGUACUUCAUCCAGUUCCUCCCAGUCUGAGCGCAGUGCCAGCCCGCUGGUGAUGAACAGCACCCAGAGCCUUGACAUCAUGCCUCACUUUGCCAUCUCUGCAGAAGAGGAAGACGGGAUGGUGUCCAACCUGCGGCGCAUUCGUCUCCGGAGCAACAGCACAGGGACUAGGCCGUCGUUCAGGAGGGGAGCAUCUCGACGGAUUGCUCACCAGCUGGAAACUCCAGAGAAACCCCGAUCCCCAGCUGGCAAAGUCCCCAAGUCUGCCUCUGUCUCUGGCCUCUCUCUCAUCAUCACUCCAGAGGACUCAGCAGCUCCUUCUACGAGCCCCAAAUCUUCCUUGUCCUUGUCGUCCAACCCCUCGUCCAGAGACUCGUCCCCCAGCCGGGACCUGAGCGUCAGCGUCAGUUGCCUCAGGCCUCCUGUGGUCAUCCACAGCUCGGGGAAGAGGUUUGGCUUUGCUCUGCGAGCGAUCAGGGUCUACAUGGGAGACAGUGAUGUCUACACUGUCCACCACAUGGUCUGGUGUGUUGAGGAGGGCAGUCCAGCACAUGAAGCAGGACUGAGGGCGGGUGACCUCAUUACUCACGUCAACGGGGAGUCGGUCCAGGGACUCGUCCACACUGAGGUGGUGGAGCUCCUGCUCAAGAGUGGCAACAGAGUGACCUUGCAGACGACUGCACUGGAAAACACUUCCAUCAAAGUGGGCCCAGCCAGGAAGUCGAGCUAUAAGUCCAAAAUGGCCCGGCGCAGCAAGAAGAGCAAGAAGAGGGACGGACAGGACGGCAGACGACGUAGCAUCCUGAAGAAGCUGUCGAAGCACACGCCGCCUCCGCCCAUGCAGAGCAGUCGUAGCUUCUCCUCAGGAUUCCACCAGUCAUCUAGCGACAGCCUCUCUGGUUCCCCCACGCAGAGUCUCUCUCCUGGGCCGUCCACGCCCUGCCGCUCCCCUGCUCCGGACCAUUCAGGAGAUUCAAGUUCUUCACCUUGUUCCAGCUCCCCGAACUCACCUGUUCCUCAGGCCCGCCCCAGUUCCUUGCAUGUUCUGGGACGCUACACCAAAGCCGGCCGCUGCAAGUCCACCAGUAGUAUCCCUCCUUCACCGCUGGCCUGCAUCCCACCUCCUCACCCUCUCUCCCCCCAGUGCUCUCCAUCCUGCCUCCCCAGUCACCCCAAGUCCCUGCAAGGUUUCCAUGGCAAAACAUUGUCCCCUCCCACUAUCUCUCGCCAUUCUGUACGUCCCCGCAGUGCAGAGCCGCCCCGUUCACCUCUCCUCAAGAGGGUCCAGUCAGCAGAGAAGCUGACCGGAGACAAGAUGACCGGAGGGUACCACGGAGACAGGAAGGCCUACAGCACCCGCCGCCACACCAUGGAGGUGCCUCUGUCUGAGGGGGAGGGGCUGGAGGACAUAGAAGGGGACACAGCCACCGGGUUUGUUUGCGUCGGUGAGCACGGCCGUCAGGGGCUGUACAUCGGAGGGCAGAGAGGCCACCAAGACGCAGCCAGCGGUUUUGGCGAGCACCAUCGUUCCACCAUCUCUCCACACCGUAGCGGCAACCACCACUCCAAUGAGGUGGUGGUGAUGAGGAAGCUGGCUCUGUCAGAACGCAGGGACUCCUUCAAGAAGCAGGAGGCUGUGCAGGAAGUGAAUAUUGACGACCAGGAGGAGAGAGAGGCAACGCCGAGCCCAAUGCUUCCUGUCACACAGCCAUUCAAGGCGUCCUGGCUCAACUCGGCCGCGGCCGAAUCCAGCAUGAAGCUGGGAGGAAGAGGAUCACAGGGUACAACUACACAGCAGAGGGCCAAUCCAAAAACCAAGGAAGAGUUUGGCAGAGAUAGUAGGUCAACAAAGUGAAGGGAAGUCUGUCACCUGCGACUGUUCUUACAAGUGAUAGCCUUGUGUGUCCAGAAAACUGUGACUAAGCCCCAUAAUCAUCAUGAGCAACUGUCUGCAGACGGAAGAACAAAAUUCAAACCCACGUUCCUAAGUAAUAUAUGCACCCUGCAACACUGUUAACAGAACAAGGGACUGCAAAACUGUGUUUACUUCCUAGACACUUGUUUUCUCUCUCUCAGUUCUCAAAUCACUGUGGCACCGAUAUCUGAUGUGAUUUGUAAAUAUUUUUUGUUUACAGCGGAGAAACCUAUUUAUGACUUUUUUGGGGGGGUUGUUGAAAAUGCCUUGGAUACUUCAGCUGUUCUUAUUUCAGGAAUUGCACAAAUCAAAAAAGCCACGCACGGUUUCUCAAUGUGAUUUUUUUGCAAUAGGUGAAGAAAAGAGCAGUAAAAGUCAGUCGAUAUCAUUCCCCACGUUGUUUUUUCUAAACCACCAUGUUCAGAAAGAAAACCUGCAGUGUUGCUUCUGCAACAUGUAUCGAAGAAUUCAAAAAGAUGUUCUGUGCUCCCUCAGAUUUUUUUUUGUGGUGGUGAACAUUUAACCUCAUCAAUCCUGUUUGCAUUUUGUUUUUUAAAGAACAAAAUAUCAACAUCAAACCAUUUGGAAAGUGUGAUGCUGGUGCCAAAGCAUGGUUUAAACAAAGAAACCAUUCAAGGAACUGUAGUUGUACAUAAGAAGCUUCAUGCAUGUGUGGGCGUCACCGCUACUUGCCGUCUGUGCUGUUAAACGCCUGGCAGCGGUUUCAACCACAGCCUGAUCACCCUGCAGGUGUGUAGAUAAAGCCUUCGCAAGUACCCUCUUCGAAACCCGUCUGUUUCCUCCGUCUUCUAGAUUCCUUGUUGAAUCACGCCUCCGUCCGGCUCCUUGCAGAACCUUGUCUCAGUGAAGUGUUUGCACAAGUCGUCGUAGUGGUAGAACAGUUGGAGCGCAUUUCCAUUUCAGGACGAUCUCGUUUCUCUGUGGGUUUCAAAUAUUGUACAGUGGAUGCCACAAACAAAAAUGGCUGUUUUGUCAUGUGUAUUAUGAAUGAAUGUUUACAAUUUAGUGCAAAUAUGUGUGUGGACUCGUCAUGGUUUUUGUUAAAUUAUUAUGAAGAAAAACAACAACAACAACAAAAGAAUGACAGGGAAUGGUCGAAUUCAUCCAGAUGGAGGAGUCGCAACGAUCGCUCCUUUUGUAUAUUUUGAUAUGGAAACAGUCUUGUUGCAGUACUAAUAACCUAUGCUGUUGAUGUAUAUUGUAUAAACAAUGGUGGACCUUAUAGCAGCUGUAGGCGGUGUUUCUUUGAAAAGUGACCUUGUAAGGGUAGAUGGACUCCGAGGUGAGGAUUUUUUUCUCUUUUAAUGAACCUGAUUGUGCGUGGUACACAUCCUAGUUAAGUUUUCCCACAGUUUUAUUGCACAUUUGAACCUUUUUUUAACCUUGUUUGAUAAGCCCUACGUUUUUUUUAACAUGAGACUGAUUUGAUCGUUGAAUUGAGGAUGGAGAUAUGAAAGUAAGGGAUUUGAUUUUCUGCUAUAGAUUCCUCUGUUUGUUUUUUUUUUCCAAUAUUGAAGCUGUUUGUAUUCAGCAAACGACUGGAUCUGCAGCCAAAAAUGCUUCAAGUCUUUUUUUUGUUUACUUUUGUUACACAGAAGACACGUGGGUCUUGUGUUUUGAGUCACUUGAAGGCACCUCUUUGUUUUAUGCAAAGUUGAAGGAACUUAAAAUGGUAAUUUACAAGUCUUGACAAGCGGUUAUGGAUGGGGGGGUUCAAACGAGACGUAAUGACAUUUUUCAUUGACAUUUUUUUUUUUUAGAAGUGUGUGUGGGAUUUAUCUCUGAAUUUCUGAUGCAAUAUACCUGUACAUUCUCGAAUGUACUGAAUUUCACGUUUUCAUUUGGAAUCAACACCAAAACAUCUCUUGACCUGUAAAUUGUAUCAUCGAGUCAUGUUUUUUAAAUCACGAGUUCAUUUUGUGGGGAUCUAAGCAGCAGCAGUUCAUCACAAGAAGCUCCUCAUCUCUCUUUUUGCCUCUGUGUGUGUCUGUAUGUGUGUGUGUCUGUAUGUGUGUGGGUGUGAUAAAAUCCAUGUCCUCACACGGGUGCACAACUGUGACUCUCCACAUUUGCCACACUCCUCAUAGCGUAGUUGUGUGUUAGAAGUUGUUGUCCCCUCCUCAACCCCACCAUGUCCCAGAAUGACAAACUAGCCUUUGUGUAAUUCUUUCCAUGAGGAUAUCUGGUGCAGACUGGUGUGACAUUGUCUGUUUUUUUUUCUAUUGUCUUAACAGUGCUUGAAAUAAAUGAAUUGCAGAGGACUCAAAAGUCCAGAACUACAA